AUGCUCGUCUUCAUGACCGUCUGCAUGAUCGUCUUCAUGAUCAACUUCAUCUUGAACAUCUUGUACAUCCUUGUCGUCUUCAUGAUCAACUUCGUCUUGAACAUCUUGUACAUCAUUGUCGUCUUCAUGAUCCAAAAUAACUUCAUCUUGAACAUCUUGUACAUCAUUGUCGUUGCAGUAGGCAUGAAGACGAACAAGCAUGCGCUCCUGCGGCCAUAG